AUGGUGAAUGAAUUGUUUGAUGGAACUGGUUAUAACAGUUGGAAAAGAACUAUGAUGUUAGGUUUUUCUUCAAGGAAUAAGUUAGGAUUUAUCAAUGGUACUGUAGUACAACCUCUAGAAACUGAUCCUAACUAUGGUUCUUGGCAAAGAUGCAAUGAUUUGGUCAUUGGUUGGCUUCUGUUUUCUUUGGAUAAGAAAAUUGCAAAGAGUGUUUGGUUUUAUAAGACUGCUAGUGAGAUUUGGAAGGAUUUAGAGGAACGUUUUGGUCAGACAUCAGCUACACAAUUGUUUUCUUUACAUCAAGAAUUGGCUAAUAUGAAACAAGAGAAAGAUGAUGAGAAUCCUUUACCAGUUUGUAACUGCAGAAAUUGUGUUUGUAUGAUAACACAAAAAAUUCUAAAAACUCAGCAAGACCAGAGGCUAAUGAUGUUUCUCAUGAAGUUGGAUGAUAAGUUAGCUCUAGUAAGAACUAACAUUCUUAUGAUGCAACCUUUGCCAACUAUUAGUGUUGCUCACAGGCUAUGUAUGCAAGAUGAAACUCAGAAGAUGGUAAGUCAGACUGCUAGUUCAAACAACUUAGAAUCUAUGGCUUUUGCUGUUGAUAGAAGAAGAUUCAAUGACAAAACAGCAGAUAAAGGAUACAAACAGUAUAAUAGUCAGUAUGGUAAAUUUACUGGACAAGGAAGAGGUGCUCCUGUGAACUACUCUCAAGGAAGAGGUGCUCCUAUAAACAAUUCUCAAGGAAGAGGAUAG